AUGCACAGCGAACGUGUGCCUGUUCAUGCUGAUGCCAAGAGCGACGCCACGGCCCUGCUCGAGAGCGGGCCACGGAGUCUGAUGCCGUCUCGGUACAAAGGGCUGCGUACACUUGAAAUGCUCGACCAGCUCUCCCUGACCGACAGAAUGGUGUUGGUCCCCAAGAACUCUCCAUCGGCAAAGAACCGGUUUCUAUACCACAACGGACGCCUGAACCGGCUCCCUUCUUCGCCUUUCUCUGCACUUUUCGCAAUGAUGCGCCUGCCCCUGGUGCGUGCGACGCUCCCUGGCCUGUUCCGUGAGCCGUUGGUCGAACGCCGGACAACAUCCGAAGACGAAUCGGUGCACGACUUCCUGUCGCGGCGCGCAGGCAAGCCGAUGGCGGAAAAUAUGGCAUCGGCCAUGAUCCACGGGAUUUAUGCCGGUGACACGCGAGAAUUGAGCAUCCAAAGUGUGAUGCCCAACCUCGUGGACAUGGAACAGACGCACGGCAGUCUGUUGCGUGCGGCGAUGCCCUUUGGCAAGAAGCUCAACUCACGAUACCGUGCAGGGCUGCGGAAUCGAUGGGCAGAGGAGAAGGAAAAAGCGGCGCGUGUUUCCCAACGCCUCCCUCCUGCUUUGCUGGACAUGGUGAAAAGCACGAGCAUCUAUUCGUUUCCCAACGGCCUUGGCGAGAUUAUCGCUGCAUUGCAAGACCACCUCAUUGCGGCGCCUCACGUGGAGCUGCGUAUGGAUGCAGCGUGCGAGAAAAUUGAGGCAAGUCCGGAUGGCGUGGAGCUGCACCUUGCCAACGAAAAGGCACCGCUUUUCGCCGACCGCCUUCUUGCGGCGCUGCCGUCUGCUAAGCUGGCUCCUCUUCUCCCCGAGAUCCCGCACCUCGGCUACAACCCGUCGGCAACGAUGAGUGUAGUGGACGUCGUACUUGCGCCCCCCGAUGCAUCCUCAAUGCAGUACGAGCUUCCGAUCCGUGGCUUUGGAUUUUUGGUUCCCCGCAGUGCGUCCAACAACCAAGACGAGAUCCUGGGCGUAGUACUGGACAGCGAUGCGAUGCCUAACCAAGGUACGCCGGGUGCGGAUGGUCGUCCCCCUUUCAUCAAGCUCACCGUGAUGCUCGGCGGACCGUACUGGCGAGGCAAGCAGCGGGAAGAGCUCCCCUCGGUCGACGAGAUUGAGCAGCGCGCCCUGCGCACCCUCGAAAACAUGCUGGGUGUGCCCUCCUCCGUCUUGCAGACGCAUCUCCGGCUGCUUCGGGGCCGUGUGCUGGAGAAUACCAUUCCACAGUACCUCGUGGGCCACCCUGCACGUAUGCAAGAGGUCCACGAUGUGCUCGUACACGACCCACGCUGGCGCGACCGCCUGACCUUGCUGGGCUUUAGCUACGCGGGUGUGGGCGUGAAUGAUUGUGUGACGAAUACGCUGGAUGCAUGUGAUGCGAUUGUCACGCACGAGCAAGGCGAUGCAUCGGAGCAGACUGCGAGUCAAAGCACAGGGUUAUGUGCAGCGCUGUAG